GAAAGUCACAAUCUUCGUUUUUAGGUUCGAUUUGUGAGAAAUGGCUGCUGGUUAUAAUGGAACUGAGGUUCCCAUCCUACCAAACACUCUUCCGCAAUACUCAGAAGAUAAUGCGCAGCUACUGUUCGACAUAUUUGUGACCCAAACCCGAAAGGCACCACUUUCCAUUCCUAUGAGCUAUAUAGACUCGGACUCGUCAGAUGAUGGGGAACCUAGACUUGAAGGUCAUAUUGGUCCAUUAGGGAGUCAAAGCAAACCUCUUUUUGUACCUAUGAGUGGUCCGUUGUAUGCUAACCACAGGCCUGAUAGCAUUUUCCGGGCAGCUCAAGCUCUAACAGCAGGGCAAGAAGCGGUGGAACCCGCAGGAGAAAUUUUUCCUUUUACCAAUGCAACAAACCAGAACGAAUGGACGGAUGAAAACUAUGUGGGUAAAAAUGACCACUUGCUGAGAUCUGGCCGACUGGGGCUGUGCGAUGAUCCUUACUGCACAACUUGCCCAACAUACAAUCCCAAGGCUCCUCAUCGAAGGAUUUCAGAUACAUUUGAUUCCAAGUUCCAUAGUGCUCUGUAUGGGGAUGCCAAAGGCAGUGCAAGGAGUUUUUUCUCUUUUCUGCGUCCAUAUAUACCAGGAGUUAUGAACCCUCAUGCUAAAGUUGUGCAACAAUGGAACAAGUUUUUCGUCAUUUCUUGCUUAAUAACAAUUUUUGUAGACCCACUGUUUUUCUUCCUGCUGCUCGUUGACCAGGAUAAUAACUGUAUAGUUCUUGAUUGGCCUUUGACGACAAGACUUGUGAUUUUCAGAAGCAUGACUGAUUUCAUAUAUCUAAUGCACAUACUCCUUCAGUUUAGAUUGGCUUAUGUGGGUCCUGAGUCUAGGGUGGUUGGUGCUGGCGUUUUAGUUGACCAUCCGAAGAAAAUCGCUCUGAAUUACCUUCAAGGAUAUUUUCUACUAGACUUUUUUAAUGUUUUACCGCUGCCUCAGAUCAUAACGUUGUUAUUUCUACCAAGCAACUUUGGAUUAAGAGGAGCAAGCUCUGCAAAAAAUCUUUUACGUGCUUCAGUUCUCGUUCAGUAUAUUCCCAGGUUAUUUAGGUUUCUGCCUCUGUUCGCUGGUCAGAAUCCAAGUAGCUUCAUAUUUGAGUCAGCAUGGACAAUUUUUGUAAUAAAUUCUCUCACUUUUGUGUUGGCUGGCCACGUUGUUGGAUCGUGCUAUUACCUCAUGGGGCUACAGAGGAUUAAUCAAUGUUUUGAAGAUGCAUGCGGUAUCUCUGGAAUUAAUGGGUGUAUAAGCUUCAUAGAUUGUGAGCAUGGAAAUGAAUUUGGAGAUUCUGGAGUAGAUAAUCCAUCACUUGAUAGCUGGAAAAACAAUGCGAAUGCUAGUGCGUGUUUAACUCCAACUGGUUAUACUUACGGAGUUUUCUACCAAACUGCCGCUCUUUCAACAAAAAAGAGUGUAGUCACUAGAUACAUGUACGCAUUGUUUUGGGGAUUCCAGCAAAUCAGUACCCUGGCUGGAAAUCUAGUUCCAAGCUAUUAUGUUUGGGAAGUCCUAUUUGUAAUGGGCAGCAUUGCCGUAGGUCUCUUGCUUUUCGCUCUUCUCAUUGGAAAUAUGCAGAACUUUCUGCAGGCUCUUGGCCGGAGACGGUUAGAAAUGUCCCUUAGACUUCGUGACGUUGAGCAGUGGAUGAGCCAUAGACGCUUGCCAGAGGAACUUAGAAGGCAAGUGCGAGAAGCUGAGCGGUACACUUGGGCAGCAACCAGAGGAGUAAAUGAAGAAAUGCUUUUGGGAUUCCUGCCCGAAGACCUUCAGACUGAUAUAAGACGCCAUCUCUUCAAAUUUAUUAAGAAAGAUAAUAAUAAGGAAAUCAGGUAUUUCCCUGGACAGCGGGUUGCCGUGCCAGAUUUGAGCUAUUCGAGAUGUUCGUCGAUGUGUAACUAUAGUGCUGUUCGAUAUCCUUCAUUUUCCAAGGACAGAUCGCAUCUACUUAUAGCUGUACAUACUGUAUGUGUGUUGGGGGAUGAUGUGUUUAGCGAACGGAAGAAGGAAAUGAUGUAA